AAGGGAUCCUGCAGCCCUGUGCUUUCCAUCCACUUGCUGCCCUGCAACCAUCAGCAGCCACAUCCUCCCGCCUCGUCCACAAGGAAGGAGGAUUAGAUAGAGCACUUGUCAUGAUUUAUGAAUGAAGGUUCCUGCAGGAUCUGGAAGGGGACACUACACGGCAGGAGGACGGGAGCAGUAGCCCACAGUGUGUGCAUUGGGAUAGAGGGCUGGGCUUGGCUCUCCCUGCUCACCACCGCAGCGGGCUCCAGACCAGGGACCACACCUGAGGAGGAAAUCUGCAUGACUGUUGCAAAGAUGUCAUGGCAGCCUCAGUAUCGAAGCUCUAAGUACCGUCAUGUCUUUGGCAAGCCCGCUAACAAGGAAAACUGCUACGACAAUGUGCCUAUUACAAGAAGCGUACACGACAACCAUUUCUGUGCCGUAAACCCAAACUUCAUUGCUGUGGUGACAGAAUGUGCAGGUGGAGGAGCCUUCAUUGUCAUACCCAUACAGCAGUCAGGAAAGCUUGAUCCUCAUUAUCCUAAGGUUUCUGGGCACAGAGGAAAUGUGUUGGACAUCAAGUGGAACCCCUUUGACGACUACGUCAUUGCUUCCUGCUCUGAAGAUGCUUCUGUCAAAAUUUGGGAUAUUCCAAAGCCUUUUGUAGCCAAAAAUAUAACCAACGCACGAAAAGAACUCGUGGGUCAUUCCAGGAGAGUUGGUCUUAUAGAGUGGCAUCCCACAGCUAGUAAUAUCAUAGUAAGCACUGCCUACGAUUACAAGAUCAUGAUAUGGAAUCUUGACACCGAGGAGACAGUAAUUUACAGUCCUGUCCGGACAAUAGAGUGUCAUAAAGACGUCAUUCUCUCUAUGUCCUUCAAUCUAGAUGGAAGUCUUCUUGCUACAUCAUGCAAAGACAGAAAAGUCAGAAUCAUUGAUCCUCUUAAGGGACGCAUUAUACAGGAAUCUGAUGGUAAGACUCACAAAUCCAGCAAAGUUUUGUUUCUGGGAAACAUGAAGAAACUGAUUUCAACAGGGACAUCUCAGUGGAAUAACAGACAUGCUGCCCUCUGGGAUCAAGAUGACCUAUCUGUGCCUUUAUAUCAGGAGGAAUUAGAUAGUUCCUCAGGUCUGAUCUUCCCGUUUUUUGACAAUGAUACAAACAUGCUGUAUUUAGUGGGCAAGGGAGAGGGGAAUAUCCGAUACUAUGAAGUUAAUCUUCAGAAGCCUUACUUGCAAUACUUAAAUGAAUAUCGUUCUUGCUUACCUCAAAAAGGAAUAGGUGUUUUGCCAAAAAGGGGCGUUGAUGUAUCCUUAUGUGAAGUGUUUCGAUUCUACAAGCUGGUCACAGUUAAAAGACUUAUAGAGCCUGUUUCAAUGAUUGUGCCUAGGAAGUCUGAAUCGUACCAGGAGGACAUUUACCCAAUGACAGCUGGAACACAGCCAGCCCUUACUGCACAUGAAUGGCUGAGUGGAAUUAAUAGAGGUCCUCUUUUAAUAUCCCUAAAACCUGGAUCCUAUGAGGAAGAAGACAAGCUGCUUGCUAAAGAGCCAAAGAAAAUGUUUGAAGAAAAGCUUUCUACAAAGACUUUAUGGGAAAUAGAAUACAAAACAGAAAUCAUAAGGGAAGAGAGAGGGAAGAGGAGAAUCACAGCAAAAUCUCAAGAUACUAGAAAUUCACUAAUCUCCAAUGGAUUUGACUUAUUUGAAUGUCCACCACCCAAGAAUGAGAAUGAGUUGUUGAAGAUGUUCUACAAGCAGCAGGAAGAAAUCCGCAGAUUACGUGAUCAGUUGAGCCAAAGGGAUAUUCAGAUUCUGCAACUCGAAUUAGAAAUCAAGAAUGUUCGAAACAGCACAGUGUAUUGAUGCUACACAACAUACAACCUACAGAAUGUAACUCGGCAGAAUGCCUCCAAAAAAGCCAUUAAAAUCCAUUUAUCUUUAUGUGAAAAGAGAAAGAAAUCACUGACAAAUAUGUAGCAAUGCUACAGGGUGCGCAUAAUAUUUAUGACUUUUUGCUUAUGUUUUUAAUAUUAUAUAAAAUACAAUCAUAGCUGGUCAACCCUAGAGGGACACAGAGUCUAUUCAUCAUGUUAGAGAAAUACAAAGCCUAACUAUGCAGCGGUGCAUAUUCAUGACAGCCUUAUCAAGUCAAUUGAUGAAUAUGGGUAGAGGUCUUUUAUCUGUGAAAAGAGAACCAGUGUUGAAUAGACUUCCUAUGCUUUUAUUUCAUGUUGUCCUUACAUAACUAAACCCAUCAUCAAAGACAUACUGAUAGGGAAGAUAGAUUGUGAGCUCCAUUUGGGACAGUGAGUAAUGAUGAUGCUUGUAAAGCGGAGCAGAGUAUGUUCU